AUGGUGCUGUACGUAAAAGAUCUGAAUCCGACCUUACGUAACCCGGAAGUUGCUGUGAAAAUUCUAAGAGAAUGGCCACCUCAUUUUAUUCAAGGACAGCCUUUUUAUCAAAGUUUGAUUUUGGUAGACGAGAGGGGAAAUAGGAUUGAUGCCAAGAUAGAUGUGGAUCUUUAUGUAUCAAGAUACUAUGAAAAAAUCAAGGAAGGAGACUGGUGCGAGAUUACUGGAUUUUUAGUGAUUGAAGAUAGGAGUUUGCGAGAUAUCAUGAAGUGUGACCAGAUAUUUGGAGGUAAAGUAAUAGUGUUAGGAGGUGAUUUUAGACAAAUACUACCUGUUAUUACCGAAGGAGGAAGAGUGGCGACAAUUUUAGCAUCUAUAAACUCAUCUGUUCUUUGGAAUAGUUGUAAAGUUCUUAAACUUACCGAAAAUUUGAGACUUCGCAAGGCAAGUAAUAGUAUGGACGCGGGUGCUCUCGCUAUUUUCUCAAAGUGGCUUCUUGAUAUCGGGGAUGGGAAAAUCAACGAGACAAAUAGUGGGGAUGUGGAGAUUGAAAUUCCUAAUGAUUUAUUAAUUAAUACUAGUGGGAAUCCUAUUGAAGCAAUAGUUAAAGAGAUUUACGGAGAACGUUUUGCAACGAGGACUGAUCCAAAAUUCUUUAGUGAAAGAGCUAUUCUAAGUCCAAGGAACGACAAUGUUGAUAAGACAAAUCAGUUUAUGUUUACUAAGCUCCCAGGUGAAGAGAGACGAUAUCUUAGCUCUGAUAGUAUUGAAACGUCUGACACAAGCGGACAUGAUGAUAUGAUCUACACUCAGGAAUUCCUAAACAAUAUACAAGUUUCAGGAUUGCCAAGCCAUGUUUUGACGUUGAAAAUAGGAGCACAUGUCAUGUUGUUAAGGAAUAUAUAUCCAAAGGGAGGAUUCUUACACAAUGUUUAUCUAACUUUCAAGGGUGACACAAUUGAGGCCGUCUUUGUACCAACUACACUUCGCAAGCUCCGGAAGUACAUUGACGAAGAUGAAUGUGUUGUUAGUUCAUCAUCAACUCUUCAAGUACCGAUUCUGACAUUUACAGAGAGAGCGAAAUCUCUGUCGGAGAUUAAACAAGCUCAUGCCUUUAUGCUCAAAACAGGUCUUUUUCAGGACACCUAUUCCGCGAGCAAGCUUAUCGCCUUUGCUGCAACCCAAACAAACCCAGAACCCAAAACUGUCUCUUACGCUCACUCUAUCCUCAAUCGGAUCGAGAGCGCUAAUGGGUUCACUCACAAUUCCGUCAUCAGGGCUUAUGCUAAUAGCUCUACCCCUGAGAUGGCUCUAGUCGUGUUUCGUGAUAUGCUUCUUGGCCCUGUUUUCCCCGACAAGUACAGCUUCACGUUCGUGUUGAAAGCUUGUGCUGCGUUUUGUGGGUUUGAGCAAGGAAAGCAAAUUCACGGUCUUUUUAUGAAGAGUGGUCUGAUGACUGAUGUGUUUGUGGAGAAUACUUUGGUUAACGUUUAUGGGAGAAGCGGUUACUUCGAGAUUGCGCGUAAAGUGCUCGACGAAAUGCCUGUGAGAGAUGCUGUUUCGUGGAACUCUUUGUUGAGUGCUUAUCUUGAAAAGGGUUUGGUAGAAGAAGCUCGUGCGUUGUUUGAUGAGAUGGAGGAACGGAAUGUGGAGUCUUGGAAUUUUAUGAUUUCGGGUUAUGCUGCUGCGGGUUUGGUUAAGGAAGCAAAGGAGAUCUUCGACUCUAUGCCGGUGAAAGAUGUGGUUUCUUGGAACGCUAUGGUCACUGCUUAUGCACAUGUGGGUUGCUACGACGACGUUUUAGAAGUUUUCAAUGAGAUGCUGGAUGUUUCAACAGAGAAACCAGAUGGUUUUACUCUUGUCAAUGUUUUAUCUGCGUGUGCUAGUCUUGGUUCCCUGAGUCAAGGUGAGUGGGUACAUGUUUACAUAGACAAGCAUGGGAUUGAGAUUGAAGGGUUUUUGGCUACAGCUCUUGUGGAUAUGUAUUCUAAAUGUGGGAAGAUUGAUAAGGCUCUUGAAGUGUUUAGAGCUACUUCAAAGAGAGAUGUCAGUACAUGGAACUCGAUCAUCUCGGGUUUAAGCGUCCAUGGUCUUGGAAAAGAUGCUUUGGAGAUCUUCUCGGAGAUGGUCUAUGAAGGUUUUAAACCAAACGGUAUCACAUUUGUUGGUGUUCUGUCUGCCUGCAAUCAUGUAGGUUUGUUAGACCAAGCUCGCAAUCUUUUUGAAAUGAUGAAUAGUGUUUACGGGGUUGAGCCAACUGUUGAACACUAUGGUUGUAUGGUGGAUUUGCUUGGUCGGAUGGGAAGAAUUGAGGAAGCAGAGGAGCUUGUGAAUGAGAUUCCAGCAGAUGAGGCUUCGAUUUUACUUGAAUCUCUUCUUGGUUCCUGUAAAAGGUUUGGGAGAUUGGAACAAGCAGAGCGUAUAGCAAAUCGGUUACAGGAGUUGAAUCCACAAGAGAGUUCAGGUUAUGUUCAGAUGUCAAACUUGUAUGCCUCUAAUGGGAGAUGGGAUGAGGUUAUGGAGGUGAGAAGAAAGAUGAGAGCAGAAAGAGUAAACAAGAAGCCUGGAUGUAGCAUGAUUGAAGUUGAUGGGGUCGUUCAUGAGUUCUUAGCUGGUGAAGGACUAAGAAUCGACUAAAACUUGGUUUCAAGUCAGAAGAACCGCUUAACUUUGAAAACCAAGAAACAGGAGGAGCACGAGACAACCCGUAAGAAGAAGAAGAUGAAGAAGAA